AGCACGCUUUUAUUUCAUUCGGUUCACCUGUUCUCGCCGUGAAAAGUUCGCAACGAGGAUAGUAAGCAUGGUGUCGUUAGAAACUGUCGCGAGUAUAGUGGUAAAGGGUCUGAAAUUGAUUAUUAAUCUCAUAAUCCUGAUCCUGUAUCGAGUAGGAUACAAAGGAGAAUUCCUCGGUGUCGGCGGAACAUGGAAUUUAAACGAGGACAAAAAUCCGGACGCGGAAAUCGUUGCCUCGGGAGUUCUAGUAGGAUUUUUCAUAUACACUAGCGUUGUUCUCAUCACCUAUUGCUUUGGAAGCACCAAUCACAAGAGGACACUCGUCGAAAUUAUCAUGAACUUCGUUGGAACUUUCAUGUUCAUCGCUGUCGGUGGCACAGCGCUUCAUUAUUGGCACGGUUAUCAACCGGAAAAUAAAUUCGACACGAUUGUCCAAGAACGACAGGUGGGCUUAGCUGUCGGAUCGUUAUGCGUUAUCGAAGGUGCAGCGUACCUCGUGGACUUGAUACUGAGUUUUCUGCAUUUCGCGAAGAAUCACGACGAGUUCUUAGAAUAAAGUCAAAGUUCUACGCGUGACAUUCGGAAUUGUCAUUUCGUCGCGUGUCACGAAAAGACGACUAAUCGGAGAAGCUUCGUUGUUGCAAAUAAAGAAAAGUUCAGUGUGUUGUGAUCCCGCGCGAACAUAAAGCAUCUUUCAUGAUAGAUAAAGUAUGGUCAUUAUUUAUGCUAAGUAAAGACGUAAGAAAGUCGAGAAAAUUUUUGACUAAUUCACCGUUCGAUUAACUAUUCCACGAGUAUUCGUCACUCACGUGUUAAUGUUUUGUACCGAUUCGACAAUGCGUGAUACAAUGUUUUGUACUUGAGUUAUCGAUAAGGUGUAUUAUUAAAUGUAAGAAGUAGCGUACGAGAUAGUAUUUAAUUUUUAUAAAACAUUGCUACAUUUUUAUUUCAUAGAGCAUGUAAGUCGUUCGUAAUUACCUGUUCUGACA